UCUACAAUCUGCAUCAAAUAUGUCGAAUAAUCAAGAGAUCGAUAAUAAUGAAGCCAGGCAGAGGGAGGGUGGCGUCUUAGUGGAACCACCACGUGUUCACAAUGGUGAACCGGAGCAUCAUUCGGGUGAGAAAAUUUUCCAACUUUCAAUUCUGUCAGAGGAUCAAACUUCAUAUUAUUCUCUCCCUAGUGGCUACUACUUUGGCUAUGUUGACCAACCAACAUAUAAUUAUCAGGAAAUUUAUUUGAAGCUAACUCCAGAAGACUUCAUUCCGACGCCAUUUGAUUCAUCAGCAGAUGACUCUUACAUAUCAGCUAGCGAAGACGUUUUUAUAUCAACUGCGGCAGAAGUCACUUCGAUGGCGUCAACUGCAGAAGAUUCUUUGGCGACAUCCAAUGCAGAAAAUUCCUUGAUAGCAUCAGCAGCUGUACAAGAUAAUGUUGAGAAUGUUACGGCAACAGCAGCAAUAACACCAUCAGAUAAGACUGAGUCAGCAGAUGGUCGCGAUGGUAAUGAUUUAAAAAAUGAUGUGGCUACAAAGCUAGAAGCAACAACCGCUGAAGAAGCAGCAGUAGAAGCAGCCGCUAUGAAUGAAAAACAAGAAAUUACCACAACACCAGGAUUAUUAAUAGAAAAGAAAAAUGUUGAGAUGACAAAAAAUAUACGAAAGAAAUAUGAAGAGCUUUGCAACCAAUUGGAUUUGAAGGCCGACGACUUUGUCAUCUGCUUAACCAUGUCGUGUGAUUAUCAUUGGUAUCAUCGUUUUUCUUCGAUUUACUGCUCCCACAAAUCUAGAAAUGAAGAGGUAGAACAAAAAAUAAGCAUGAUAUUUGCAAAAUAUCGACAUGAUGAUGAAAAUCUAGAGAAUGUAUUCAAAGAAAUUAAAAGUUUGGAGAAAAUUUAUGAUAUAUGCGUGGACAAAUUAACUAUCGAAGUCAUAGAAGCAACAAAAGUUCUUAAAUCAAUGGAGCCCGCGAAGCACUCGUGUUCGAUGUGCAAAAGAUCCACAGUGAUGCGUGCUAGCGUCUUAAAAGAGGUGAAGCCUACAUCAACAUUGGCCCCAGUUACAUCAGCAACAUUGGAGACAUCAAUAACAAGAGAAAUGACGUCAUCAACAACAGCGGAAGCCAUCUUUACGUCAUCGUCAGCAGUGAACUGUACGUUAGAUGAGGUUUGGGAUGAGGCAGCAAAUAAUGGUGGUGCAGCUGAUGAGGUCGCUGCUGAUGAUGGUUCAUCAGCUGAUGACGCCGCUGCUGAUGCUGCAGAUAAUAUUUAUAAUGGUGGUGCCGAUGACAGAGCUACAUCAGCGACAAUUGAUACAAGAGAUUAUACAAAAAAUGAAAAUAAUCUGGCCGACUUUGACGUUUAUAACUCUAAUAAUAUUGCAAGGUGUGAAGACGACGAAUGUCCUGUUAAAGAUAAUGAUACAACAUCCAUGACUUUGUGGCGCCAGAGUAGGGAUGAUUAUGGUAUCGACGGUGAUGACGACAAAACAAAUGAAGAUGAAAAAGAUAAAAAAGAAGAUAAAAAAGAUGAUGAAGAAGAAGAAGAUAAAAAAGAUGAUGAUGAAGAAGAAGAAGAUAAAAAAGAUGAUGAAGAAGAAGAAGAUAAAAAAGAUGAUGAAGAAGAAGAAGAAGAUAAAAAAGAUGAUGAUGAAGAAGAAGAAGAUAAAAAAGAUGAUGAAGAAGAAGAAGAUAAAAAAGAUGAUGAAGAAGAAGAAGAAAAAGAAAAUGAAGAAGAAUACGUCGUUGUUGAGACCGACGAUUGCAGCGCUGAAGAUGACGACGUCCUCUCCAUAACUCCAUCAAGUCGUAGCGACUCUGAUUGUUCUCAAUGUCUUGUAAUGUAA